UCAUGAUGACGUGAGUAUGUUUCAAACCAAUGUUGCCUUAAUUAGCAGUAAACGUACCAAAUUUUGAAUUAUCUUCACCCCAGAAUAGGAAUUUUACCGGUAAACAAUGUUCGCGAAUGCAGCUGAAAAAAUAAGUGGCUUUGCUAUAAUGGUAUUGAUGUAUCCUCGGAACCGAAGCUCACAUUAGUGUUUGACAUCCCGGUGUAUCCUAUCGCCUCGAGCAGAACAUGUUGUGAUCGGGUUGAACAUACACGUGAAGAAGAAAAACGCAUACUUUCUCCAUGUUCAUUUCAAUUUUUCAGUGGCUCCUCUUAUUAAGCUUCACCUGCCUUCCUACAUGGUCGUAUCGUAGUUAUGAUUACAACGCAGACGUAAUGGCACCUGUUAUUCUCGUUCCCGGAGUUGUUGGAACCCAGGUGGAGGGUAAAUGGAACACAACUUCGCACCCGCUGUACUGUGAGGGGUCGCAAGGGUAUUGGAAACUGUUAUGGUUCAAAUGGGAUAUUCUUGUCGGUGGUGAUUCGCUCAGAUGCUGGGUUUAUAGAUAUAAGCUAAUUUAUAACAGAGCCACCCACCGAAGUCACAACCAAAUCGAAGUGGAGACACGGGUCCCGGGGCGAUUCGGAGAUCUCCAACCCGUCGAAUACAUGACCCGGGACCUGAUCACCCAAUUCGGGAGUGGAUACUUGCAGGAUAUAAGCAACUCGUUGGGGGCCAGUGGAUACGACUCGGAACGCAAUCUGAAAGCGGCUGGGUACGAUGGGCGCUAUGCACCGCCUCAACAAGUGGAGAUCGGAUACUACGCAAAAUUUACAAAACUUGUCGAGAGAGUUGCAGCUAACACAACACGGAAAGUAGCGAUCAUCACGCAUAGUAUGGGAGGAAUUAUGACCGCAUACUUCCUUAUGAAUAAAAGCCAAGCCUGGAAGGACAGACAUAUCCACGCUUUCAUCGCUAUUGCAGCACCUUGGCUUGGCAGCGCGAAACCUGUAGAAGUCUUUAUCACAGGAGCUGACUUCAAUAUUCCAACAUUGGAUAAAUCGGAAAUGAGGGAACUCCUCAGGACUUUUCAGUCCAUGGCACUACUCUUGCCUGCAGAGGAAGCAUAUGGAGACACAGUUUUGGUUGAAUGGCUGAAUAAGAACAAAAAUUACACGGCCAAGGAUUAUAAUCAAUUAUUUCACGACAUUCACUAUACAGACGGCUAUCUGAUGAGGCAGGAUGUCCGCUCGUUUAUGCCCAUCCAAGGAAAUAAGUUGGGAGUGAAGGUGGUUUGCAUUUGGUCUCAUGGGCUAAAAACCCCUUUCAAGAUGAUCAUAAAAGGCAACAACAUUACAAACCCAACGUCAGUUAAUUUUACAAAUGUUGAUGGAGAUGGUACGGUGCCACUGAAAAGUCUGCGCUACUGCGAGAAAUUUCCUCGAGUCACUUCUUACGAAGUUUCAGGAUACGAACAUUCACAAAUAAUGCACUCACAGGAGGUGCUUGACUAUAUUAAAUCCGUCUUAGUCAAAGCAGAACCUUUUCAGUGAAACAAGUCUUUAGGAAGAAAAAUACACUGAAAAAGGCAGUCAACAGCUGAAAAAACUGUAAAUAAAUUAUGAUUCAAUUCA